CGCACUGACUUGCCGCUAAAAACUCUGCAUGGUCCAGAAUUUCCUGCGUCGAAGUCUCUUCAUCCACCUGCUCCCCAGCGCCUCUACGAUUCCUCUGCAACCUCACCCUCCUCCUCCGUUCCUCACCCGGGGCUCGCCCUCUUUCUCUUUCACCACCUCCUGCGCAGACAUUUCCAGACGCUGGAUCUCCUGCGCAUUCACCACUGCAAGUCUGUCUCCUCCACGUCCACCGCAUGUCGCCGCAGCCUCGUUUGCGAGCCGUCAAUCCCGUCUUCGUGGAUCCUUGACCGCAACGGAUGCUCAACCGCUUUCGUCACCGUUUCCUUCCAGACCCGACAUCAAUUCCGUGUCUGCGAGACACGACCUUUGUACAUAGAUAACCAUCCCAUCAUUCAAUUUGGCGACUUCCCCGCUUGCUUGUCCUCCGAGAUGCAGUUUAGUUUGACGUUUGAUUGCCGCUGAAGUCUAGUCGGUGCCUCAGCCAAACGUGCGCGCCAACCUCAACCCUACUCUUGAUCCUGCAAACCUGAAUAACCUCCAACUUCUUGCUAUCGCCCGAAUUACCCCGUUGGCUUUGCCAUCAUCGUGAAUGGCCGACAAUGCUGACCCCACUCCCAUCAAGUCGACUCGCCGACGCGGCAGAGCGACCCCGAAGUCCCAGCGACGGCUGCCGCCCAAAUCUCGCUCGCCUUUACGGGAACCAUCUUUCGAUGGAGACACCAUCGAGGUGUUACCUUAUCUGGGCCCUAGUUCUGGCUCACCAGCCACAUCGACUGCUGUGUCGACCGUCUUAGGUUCCAGGAACGGAUCGACGCCGACACAGUCCCUAGAGUGUCAUUCCCAGAAUAAGCGGAAGGAUUCUUCUACCCCUGUCACGGAAGGGAGUGCAUACGGCCGCAGCCGUUCGACCUCUACAAACAAAUGUACACAAGCAGCUUUCCCAGAGAAUACGGCGGGUAUCAUUCCGCAAGGGGAAUUAGCACCAUCCACAAAGCAUGCUCCUGACAACUUCAGUGCCCCGAGUUCAGAGCCAACGCCAGCAUUUCAAACUCCAGCUACGCAUGGCCUUCUGCGGGCAGGACCGAGGCCGAUGUCGAGAGCUCUCGACAUGUCUAGCCGUGCAACGCUGCCAGCUUCGGCUAAAGGAACCCAAGAGACAAGUUGUUGGGAUCUAGCAGGGCAGAAUAGGGAGCGGAACGACUUGGCACCACCGUCAAAUAUCCGUGGAGGGGGCAAUCUUCGAGCAAGACUGUCAACCCUUGUUGAGAUGAACACUGUGUCUUCCAAUGUCGCUCCUCUCCCCCGAGCGAAUCGCGGAUUGCCCCUGCCCGUGUCUACGCUUGCCCAGUCUUUGUCUCCAACCCUGCCUCCAGAGCGGCUGACUUCCUCAGCUGGCGCAGGAAAGCGGAGGAUUGACACGGACGCGUCCCAUGAGCGAGCACUCCGUUCCAGGACUGUUUUCCAACAAGUAGAGUCUUCAGGGCGUGUACUAACACAGAACGCCUCCCCAGCCGUGUCAAGCGGCUCCGUCAGCCAACUACCAGAGUCGUCAUUCAAAGUCGAAGGACUCCGUCCACCUGCUCCAGUUGAGCUGAAGGCUGAGCUGAGGCUAUCUUCUCCUACCAUGCAGAAGGCGCCCUUUUCCCACCUUUCUAGCAACCGCCCUGGUAAUCUGGACAUGUUACAGACGUCCUCGCGCGGCUUUCUUGAGCGAGAAACGAAAGGGUCGAGUGGCAGUCGCACGUCUACUGCGCAAGUUCCCGACGCCCAUAUGGCGAGCCAGCUUCCCGCAACCCCAACUCACCGUACGAGUACCACGCCCUCUCAUGCCCUGCCUUCCACCCUGUCUCUUCAAAGCCCUAUGGUCCAAGAGUCGGUUGCUCCUCCCGGCGUUCAACAAACAGCCUCCGCCCGACAGGCACAGCAAGUAGCCCAACCUUCCCAGAGCCUCACACCAGCACCACUGCCCCAACUCCAGAGCGGUUACCAGCAGCCAAACGCCAUGGAUCACAUUACAUCUUGGCCAAUAGCAGCUGGACAGCAGCUCUCGAUAACCCCCGCGCAAUCUUCAAGCACGAUGCAAGCUACGACUGAUUCACAGAAUGUAGCUCCACACACGGAACCUCCCACUUAUGAAUUUGUCGAGGACUCUGUGGUGCUCGGGGAAUGUGUUCACGUAGAUUCCCCCAUAAUCAAAUGGAACGUGAACAUUUCACAAGAGCAUUGGGUGCGAAGGGUAACCACUCCGUCCACAAUAGGACAAACCAGUCCUAGAGAAGGUGAUGCCCCAACCAGCGUGCGGUUCCGGUUGAGGUCAGUUGUUGUCGAUAUGAGGGGGAGAGAACUCUUUACCCCUACCGAGUUAGAAUUCUCUGCUCGGCCCACCAAGUGGCCAUCGAUGGUGUCUAUAGUCAUAAAUGACUCAGACGUCGAUUUGAGACGCGGCGGGGACAGCGGUGCAGACUCGGUUGCAGAUGUGACCGAUCUGCUGCGAGAGGGCAACAACGAGGUCGAAGUGAAUGCUUUGUUUCGCCCGGCGGAAAAAGAAUCAGGUUGUGCGUAUCUAAUGGCGGUCGAGAUCGUCUGCAUGGCCAGUUACGACCAGAUCGAGGCCAUGGCAACACGAAUUUCCACGACAGAUGUUCUGAGAGCAAUCACCGAUUCCAUGAAGAGCCGAAAUGGUAGCCUUGACACUCAGUCGGUCAUCGCUAUCAACGUAAUAGACCCGCUCACGUUUCGGGUGUGGAGGACACCUGUUCGAGGCAAAGAGUGUCGACACCGGGAAUGUUUCGACCUGAAAGGAUUCCUGUCCCGCGGCCGAGAAGGCGUCAACCAUGGUGGUCUGACGGAUCCAAACCGAUGGAACUGUCCCAUAUGUGGACGGGAGGCACGCCCCAAUCAGCUCGUGAUUGACGAGUUUUUGCUAGACGUACGCAAAAAUCUUUCGGAAAACAAUCGAUUAUUGUGUGCAAAGGAGAUUCUUAUCAAAGAAGAUGGCACCUGGGAGCCCGGAUUUGGGCCCUCGACCUUCGAAGAUCCGCCUCAAGGUAUGGCAGGCACAAGAAAAUCGACUCCUCCUCUGUGACUCGACCUCGGACGGCCACACCAGCACCAGCAGCAUCUCGACAUAUUGCAGCCUCGUCCACCCAUGUGAAACGCGAAGCCGAUAGUUGUCACGUAUGGGCGUUGAUGGAAGACCCAGGACACCUACAACCCGAACAAGGCGUGCAUGAUCCUCUUCACUUAUGUCAUGGAAGAACCAUGGCCCGCCUACCAAACGGUCUAGGCAAGCAUUAUUUAUUUGGCCCAACCACUCAAAUCAUCUGUACAACCUCUUGAUGUUUUCGGCGGCACACGCAAAGCUGUAUCAACAAGACUCGCUAAUAUUUAUUACGAGGUCAUGAUUUAUGACGUUCACGUUUUCAGAGUACAUUUUUUUAGUUCCCUUUUGGAUCCUUACUCAUGGGCCAGUGGUAUGCGGGAAGCUCAAUCCAAAUUGUCCUUCACUGUAUUCUAGAUACCCAUUACGCGACAAAUUUGUGCGGUUUUCUGUGCGGCCGCUUUAGUUGGCUUGAUCGUAAGGUACCGGAGGAAAAGGAAAAAGACCAGAUUUACCUGCGCGAACACCGGGAAUGGAACCUGGAUUUGGGAUACCCUGGAGUCUAGAGGUUUGUACCAUGUCGGGCAAGGGCGUUCGGACGCGGGAACCUCGCCGCGUAUCUGGAGCAGAGAAUUGAUUCUGUUGAGGGUGGGAUUUGUCGAGAUGGAGAUUCCAGCAGCUGCAGAUGCCUGCCGCCUUUGAACCAGCCGGUGCUGGUCUGGCCGGGAAAAGCAAACCCAAUCCAGAGGAGCGAGGCAAGAAAUGAUGGACCUUUCGACGACGUCGUGGUCGACAGUACCAGAAGCAGGCAGAACAUAUAAAAUCUAGUACAUAAACAUAGGUUUUUAGCUCAUGUCAGGGGCCCUUGGUCCUCCUCGACU